UUUUUUUUUUUAGUUAUUCCAUUUAUAUACCAAUUUGAAAAUAAAGGAUUACAAUGAUAUCAUCUUCAUCUUUAUCUAUUCCAACAUUAAAGGUAUCAAUGAAUGGAUAUAAUUUAUAGAUAAUAUUAAUAUGAUUUUUGAAGAAUCCCACGACAGAUUGGUUACCUACGCCAAAUUCAUCUUACUGUCAUUCUAUUGCAUCUAAAGAUUCCAAAGUCUCAUCCUAUAAUCGACCAACAGAACAUUUGACUUUUUCUAAGUUACAAGUACCCAAACAUUAUGGAUCCAUUUUAAGUAUGCCAUUAUCUGAUGAUACAUCCAUUGAUGAAGCACCGCCUACGCCACCUCAUACUACCAUCAGCCCCAAUGAUGAUGAUGAGGGAUUAUAUUUAUUAUGGACACAUCAACUCUUACGUGAACAAGGUUUCCGCCCAAGUAGGUCCUAUUGUCAAAACACUGAAGAUGAUGAUGAUGAAAGUAGUCAAUCUGAAUCCAUUUUAUCCAAUCAUGCAAUCAAUCCUCCUUUCAAACCCAUGAAUAAUCCUUUUUCCAUUACUUCUUUUCUAUCUUGUUUUUGUCCCUCCUCAUAACCCAUUCUCCUUUCUUUUUUUUUUUUUUUUGUUAUCUUUAUCUUCUCCCGUUCCAUCGGAGUUGGCACUUUGUAUAUGAUUUUUUCAUUUUAUAUCUUUGUACUCAUCUAUCUACUUUCUAUGACUUUUCCCUUAUAUGGCCUUGACUCGGUUCAAUGAUGCCGGAGACCCAAUCAUCCAUCUAGAAUAUACCUCGUAUCACAUACUCAUCAUCGUCACGCUUCCCUUAUUAUUAUUAUUAUUAUUAUU